UCCCAAGGCUUAUAGAAUCUCUCUCUCUCUCUCUCUCUCUCUCUCUCUCUCUCUCUCUCGUCCUUACACAUUUCUCAGGUCUUCAAAUUAACAGAACAAUGGAUGCGUUAACUCAAUAUCUUCUUUGGUCGGCCUUCUUCGCAGCUCUCACCAUAAUUUUUCUAAGACGUCGAUCGACGACAGAGUUAAAUCUUCCUCCAGGGCCAAGAUCGCUUCCUAUGUUGGGCAACCUACUCGAGCUAGGCCAAAAUCCCCACCGCUCUCUGGCCCGCCUUGCCCGAACUCAUGGACCAGUCAUGUCUCUCAAGCUUGGCAGCAUCCACACAGUCGUCAUCUCCUCACCAAGCUCCGCAAAAGAAAUCCUAAAAACAAAAGAGCACUCCAUCUCCGGCCGACAAGUCCCUCAGGCCAUUCAAGCCUCCGGCCACCACCAGGUCUCUGUAGUAUGGUUGUCUCGAAACCAAUCAUGGAGAUACCUCCACACCCUCAUGAAGACCCAUCUAUUCAACGCGCAGUCUCUCAACGCCACCGAGGAGCUUCGCCGGCAAAAGGUUCAAGAACUUGUCGCAUAUAUCAAGGGGAAGAAUGAGGAGGCCGUGCACAUUGCCCGGGCGGCGUUUUGCACUGUGCUCAAUCUGAUAUCAACCACCUUUUUGUCGAUUGAUAUCGUAGAUUUGAAAUCUGAAUCAGCUCAAGAGUUGAAGGAUGUGAUGCAGGGGAUAAUGGAAGAGGCGGGGAAACCGAACAUCUCUGACUACUUCACUUUCUUGGCUCCAAUUGACUUGCAAGGCCGGGGACGUCGAUUUACAGCAUACUUUAAUAAAUUAUAUGAUUUUUUCGAUCAAAUGAUAGAAAACCGAUUGGCAGAUACAACUGGAGAAGUUAUAAGGACUAAUCCUGACAUUUUGGAUCUGCUUCUACAACUAAGUCGAGAAGACAAUUCAAAGCUUACUAGACGAACCAUAAAAUCCUUCUUGUUGGAUUCUUUUGCCGCUGGAAGCGAAACAAGCUCGUCGAUACUGGAAUGGGCGAUGGCAGAAUUGCUUCGCAGGCCAGAACUGAUGAAGAGGGCUAGAGAAGAGAUCAUAACUGUCGUCGGGUUCGAUAGAGAGAUUGAAGAGGCCGACAUCUCAAAACUACCGCUCCUCCAAGCAAUUCUGAAGGAGACGCUCCGGCUUCAUCCACCGUUUCCACUUCUACUGCCUCAUAAAGCAGAGGAAAGCACAGAGAUAAAUGGCUACAUGGUCCCGAAGAACACUCAGUUGCUGGUAAAUGUGUGGGCGAUAGGUCGAGAUGAGCAGGUCUGGGAGAAGCCAGACUGCUUUAUGCCUGAGAGGUUUAUGGAAGGAAGCAACGUAGAUUUUCGAGGGCAGCACUUUGAGCUAAUACCAUUUGGUUCAGGACGGCGAAUCUGUCCUGGACUGCCUUUGGGCGUUCGGAUGGUUCAGCUCAUGCUGGCCUCACUCAUUCAGUCCUUUGAAUGGAGUUUGCCGGACGGAAUGAAGCCUAAUGAUUUGAAUCUCAACGAGCGGUUUGGUAUCACACUUACCUUGGCUUCUCCACUCAAGGCUUUGGCUACUCCUGUCAGAAAAAUGCUGUAGUUAACUUAAUCUCAGCCUUGCAUAUCAGGGCUUGUAAUAUCUAAGCUUCCUUCAAUGGCUGUAUCAUCACUAGCUUGUAAUAUCUAAGCUUCCUUCAAUUAUUACAACGUCAUUAAAGUGACGUUGAGCUCAAUAUCAAACAUUAUAAUUUUUAUAUGAAAUGCUCCUAUUGAUUAAAGUA